AUGUCAGAAUCUCCUCAGCUCCUUCCGGACGGUCCAACGGAUACUCCAUUCCAAUUGCUCAAGCUGUACGAGUAUUGGAAUUUCUUACCUGAAGGAGAAGUCAGGCAAAAUGUUCCUCAACAAUUUCUAGGUCAGGCUGAAGACAACAUUGCGUUUCAAUGGAUGCAAGCUCUUGACAGAGAAAAUAAGCGAGGUUUCUUCGCCUGGCCCCAUGGGCACCGGGAUGGUAUUGUCUAUUUUCGAUUGGAUGAUCACGUCUGGAUCUGGAAUGCCAUAAGUGCUAUCGCAAUAAUGUUUGAAUGGACUCAAGCGUCCUUCUUCGCGAAAGGAUCCAAAAUUAACAAGAAGGCCGACAUUCCCAAAUGGGAGACUGAAUGGAAGAAUCUUGCACGCACGUAUGAUCCAGACAGGGUCAAGAGGGAAAUCACCCAACGCUUUACCACGAUCAACGAUCCCGCAAAACAGCGAAUGCUGGCAGUGACAAGGUCUUCUCGAGAAACACGAUUCGCAUUCCAUUCCCGUGACACGGCCUUGUUCUACGAGAUCAACGAUAAACGAAUGCUGGAUGAGACCGAUCCCCGGUGGUACAGCGCCAUGGAAAUUCAGAGGUAUUUCUUUUCAAACCUGGAGUGGGGUGAAACAGACAACCCAUUAUACCAUGGGCUAAACUUACUGUUGGCUUUGCAACGCGGCCAACCUGGCGCCGACAAGCUAUUUCAAAGGUCCAAAGACAUCAUCGAGAAGAGUAUACUAAUCAAUGGUCUUAUUCCAGACCAGCUGGAUAGCGCUGGAGGGGAGGAAGACGCCUCUUACCACCGUGAUCUCCUGCUCAAUAUACCAUUUGAGACUCUGUAUCUGCUAUCGGGCCCAGGUAAAGGUGAAUUUCCUUCUCUCACCCAUGAGCAAAGAAGCCACACAGCAGCAGAUGGGUUCCCUGAUAGUGCUACUCAGCGGCUGGAGAGAACGGUCCCAUUCAACGAAAAGAUUGAUGAGAAUAACAUCGUCAACGUGAAGGAAGAGUGGCUCUACAAUUCUCCACCUUUCUUUGAAUUCGACCCGUCGGAAUUUAUUCAAGAGCAAUUUAACCCGGAGCUUGGGGAAACCACGUUGAUGACAUUAAUUCCAGAGCAAGAACGCUUGCAUCAGGUCUCUCCAUUUCAGCUCUACCAAGAUACCAUCUUUAGGGCCAGCCUUGACUGGUUCGAUGCUCACGAGUCCAAAAUAUCCCAAGAAGUCCAGGGCCAGAGUUACGAGCCCAAAAUUCCUCAAUCGGCUGAAUGUCAACAUAUGAUGAUUGAUGUGCAGAAGAAGAAAUCUCGAGCGAAAAAGGCACGGCAACUUAACGAACGCAUGUCCCAAUAUGACACAAUCGGCGACUCUUGGAAGCGCUUGAAACAAUUGCGAGACAUGGACACUGCGAAGAAAAGAUUGCUAUGGUUCCAGAACGCACCAAGGGACUAUGCACUCAUGUGCUUCCUCGUCUCCCCUCCUUCGGAGAGACAGCCGAUCCGGACAUUCUUCAAUCGCCACGCAAGUUCUGCUGUACUUGUCGAAGACAAGACAAGUCGAAUAAGGAACAUGUGGGAAACCGAGUUCCAUUGCGGCUUUCUGCAAUUGGUCGAGACUGGCAAAGAUGCUCCCCCAGUUUUGACGUGUGAAAUGUUACGACUUGCGAUGGAUGAGCUACCAAAAUUUGAGAGUCACCGACUUGUCCGUGCGGCGGCAAGCUUCCGAUUCUGUGGUGAUUUCUUUGACCGGUUCUGGACUGGUCAUUUCAUCGAGAGCUACCCUGGAGAGCCACUGGAGGGCAAUAUCAGGGACUUUUUUGGUCAGGAUAACAAGAGGCUCGAAGGCUUGUUCUCUGGUGGUAGGCAACACGUCUGGCAGCAGAGAAAAAUACUUGAGCUACUGCUCUUCUACCGCAUCCUCACGCACGUCAACAAAAGCACGCGGAGUAUCACGGACAUAAUUCGAGAAAAAUUGGCGGUUAAGACCGGCGCAGAGAACCGGGCCGAGGGGAAGAAAGGGUCACUGGAUCCUUAUGACACGGCAGUCUACUUUGAAUCACUCAAAAAAUGGGCAUCGUUGCAUGAGGUGCUCGAGAUUUUGGAUGAGCAGCUGGACAGGGUUUGGGAAAAUACCAAUGCCUGGGAAACGAGAGAGCAAGAUCGCCGAACAGAGCAGCCAAGAUGGACGAGUAAAGAUGAAAGAAAAUACCGCGAUGCUCUCAACCAUGUCCUCUUGCUGAGUCAAAACGCCCAACGUGAACUUCACAGCGAGCGAGCAAAGACAGCAUCACUCAUCAAGUCAUUGCAGUAUCAGAGCGAUGAGGCCAAGAAUAACUAUGAUCGUCAUAUGACUGAACGUAGUUUCCAGCAGAACGACAAUGUCAAGUAUUUCACAUAUGCGACUGUCAUCUUCCAGCCACUGGCUUUCGCCGCUAGCAUCUACAGUAUGCAAAGUUCGCCACCCACAGACGUACUGCAGCACAUGGUGAUCUGCUCUGUAGUGGCAUUUAUCGUUCUUCUGAUCAUUGUGGUCUCACUGCCAUUUCUCCUGCGUCCCAUUCAAAAUGGACUCUGGAGACCCACUCAAGUCUGGCGUUUACUUGAUCGGAACUCGGAAGUAUUUAUCUGGUGGCUCAAAGUGGUGACACUCCUUACCACACAAGGUUUGUUAUUCAGCAGAGAUUUCUUUGCAGUUCUUUCUAGUCUUCGGAGUAUGAGGCAGUCAUCCAAGCCGAAGGCGGAAAAGGGUGAUGUAGAGUCCGGAUUGAAAGAUGGCGAGCAGUCAAAAGCCAUAUCUAUGUCUUACCUCGAGGCUGUGGCCAUUAUUAGAGAGCAAAGAGGGCAAAUAGGCAGAAUGGAAUAUUGA